AUGGAUUCUUCCGCAACCAUCUCGGCCCACGGUGUUGACGACUCGAUGCCGCGAAACAGGUCGUUCUGCACAAUCUCUGCGAUCUCCAUCGACUCUUCUGCCCGAAGAUCCGGCCAGGACUCCCCCUACAACGCCAAUUAUCACGAUGACUUUCGCUUCAGAACGAUGGUCAUGUACCUGCAUAACAGAGCCGUGGCCAGCGGCUGGAUUCCUCCCGAGUCCAUCCGGUCUCAGGAAGACUGCUCCGGCGUGCUCUUGCGAAGAUCUCGCGGCAACUACAUGACUGCCUCGCAGCGAGUCAACCCUACUCUUCUCGGCGCCGUAAUCCGACUCAAUCUCAACGUGGCCGUCACCAUGCGCCCGCAGAUGCUCUACGGCAUCCUCGCCUCGCUGACGCCGGGCCAGACGGAUCUGAAGUUCAAGGACGGCUCUCAGAUCCAGGUCCUUGAUUCACUGGCCUUUGCGCAGCCUGCCACCGUCAAGAAGUUCCAGUACGCCUGCGUCUUUAGACAGGAGCGCCUGAUUCUCGUCUGGCACGAUGACCUGGCCAACAUUGUCCCUCAGGCCACUCAUGUAGAGGAGAGGCUUCUUGCCUGGGUAUGGGGAGAAGCAAGACUGCCGGCCAACAUCCUGCACGUGCCCAGCCGCGCCCCGUCCAUCUUGUACGGCUCCGGCAUAUCCAGCCCCAUGGGAACGGCGACGCCAGCCGCGGGCAUCACGACGCCGGGUCUCCUGACGCGCACCAACAGCAGCGACGACUUUUCGGACAAGAACGCCGCCAUGGAGCGGCCCGAGUCCGUCGCGAGGCCCGUCGCGCGCCCGUCGGCCGUCUUCAUCGGCUGCGCCAUGUGCCUGUCCCUCUGCCUCCUGUGCGGCGUCUACAUCGGCAAGCUGGUGACGGAGUGCAUCCUCGCUAACGACUGGACCAGGCUGGCGCUCAUCUUCCCCGUGCCCCUGCUCAUGUGCGUCUCUCUGUUCUUCUUCCAGGUCAUCUUCACCAACAUCUUCCAGAUGAUUGGGCCCAUCGGAGGCGUCACCACCAACUCGCGCUACUUUUCCGCCCACAAGCCGUGUCUGAGACGCGCCUACGCCGACGGCUUCCUGCCCCCCAAGGUCACCAUCCAGAUGCCCGUCUAUAAGGAGGGCAUGGAGUCCGUCAUCGUCCCGACCGUGCGCAGCCUGCAGGCUGCCAUGUCGUACUACGAGUCCCACGGUGGGUCCGCCAACAUCUUCAUCAACGACGACGGCCUGCGCGCCGGCCUGACCGACGACGAGGUCCGCGCCCGCAAGGACUUUUACGCCGACAACGGGAUCGGCUGGGUCGCCCGUCCCAAGCAUAACGGGGACGAGGGCUUCGUGAGAAAGGGCAAAUUUAAAAAGGCCUCCAAUAUGAACUUUGCGCUCAACAUCUCGCAAAAGGUCGAGGCAUACAUGCAGGACCUUGCGGAUGCGAAGCUGGCGGACAAGGAGACGGACCUUGUUACGGAUGCCGAGGAGGAAGACAUGUAUCAGGCUGCUUUGGCGCGCGUGUUGGAAGAGAACCCGCUGGCUUGGGCCGACGGUGAUAUUCGCGUCGGGGAAAUGAUUCUCAUUGUAGACUCAGAUACCCGAGUGCCAGAGGACUCUCUUUUGUAUGGUGCUGCCGAGAUGUUCCUCUCCCCCGAGGCGGCCAUUGUCCAACAUUCCACCGGCGUCAUGCAAGUCACGCACGAUUACUUUGAGAAUGGAAUCACCUACUUCACCAACCUCAUUUACUCUUCCAUUCGCUUCUCCAUUGGGUCCGGCGAGGUGGCCCCCUUUGUUGGGCACAACGCUUUUCUCCGCUGGCAAGCCGUUCAGGACGUCGGCGUGCCCGAACAAGACGGCUACGUGCCGUACUGGUCCGAGAGUCACGUCUCAGAAGACUUUGACAUUGCGCUCCGCCUCCAGAUGAAGGGCAACAUCAUCCGCGUGGCCGACUACCACGACAACGAAUUCAAAGAGGGCGUCUCGCUCACCAUCUACGACGAAAUUGCCCGCUGGCAAAAGUAUGCCUAUGGCGUCAACGAGAUGAUCUUCCACCCACUCCACCGCUGGAUCUACAAGGGGCCCUUCACGCCGCUCUUCUACACUUACAUCACGUCCAACAUUAUGCUGUCGUCCAAAAUCUCCAUUCUGUCCUACAUGUGCUCCUACUACGCGCUGGGGUCGGCCAUGUUCCUCACCACGCUCAACUACUUCCUCGUCGGCUGGUUUCGCGACGACCUGGCCGUGAGCUACCUCACCUCGUGGAACGUGUUGCUCUCCCUCAUUGUCGUCUUUAACGCCUCGGGUCCCAUCGCCCUCGCCAUCGUGCGCUAUCGCACCGCCGAGAAGCCCCUGCUCGAGGCCCUUGUCGAGAACUUCAAGUGGAUGCCCAUGAUGACCGUCUUCUUCGGCGGUAUCUCUUUCCACAUCUCAAACGCCAUUCUCGCUCACCUCUUCCACGUGGACAUGCAGUGGGGCGCGACGUCCAAGGAGAAGGAGGACAGCAACUUCUUCCAGGAGAUGCCGCGUAUCUUCCGCACCUUCAAGUACAUGUAUUUGGUGGUCGGGCUCCUCACUGCCGCAAUGGUGUACUUGGGCGCGUUUGCGCCCCCGGACUGGGCUAUUACCGACUUUUCCGUCAUUGUGCCGCUGGCCCUGAACUUGGGAUUUCACGCUCUCGUGCCGCUCGUCUUGAAUCCCAGCUUGAUGGUUUUUAACUACUGA